AAAAGCAAAAGAAAAAGCUAAAAAGGCUCCAGCCAUUAUUAUUGAUGGCGUGGACACAUCGGAUAUGUCUCGAGAAAAACUCGAGCAGUUCACUCUCAAGGUCAAAGAGGAACUAGACAAAGAGAGAGAAGAACGCAACUACUUCCAGCUAGAAAGAGACAAAAUAAGAACAUUCUGGGAGAUAACACGGCAACAAUUAGAAGAAGCUAAAGCAGAGUUACGGAACAGAGAAAGAGCCACAGAAGAAGCACAAGAAGAAAACGAGGCUCUUUUAGAAACUGAGAAGCAGAAGAUAAAGCAUUUGAAAUAUGAACAACAAGCUGCAGCUGCUGCCUUACGAGCUGAGAAUUUAGUAGCUUUAAAAGCAGCCAAAGAAGAACAUACUGAACAAGAGCUAGAAUUGCUCAAUGACAAGAGAUUACUAAGACAAGAGAUAAGAGAAAGAAUCCUAGCUGCUCAAGAUGAAUUGAGAAGAGCCAAAUUGAUACAUGCUGAAGAAGUAUCAAAGAUCAGAGAUGAGUUUGAAGAAAGAGCUCGUCAAAUAGAAGAUAAAGCAGACAAGAAAUUACAUGAAACUAAAGUUGAAUUGACAGUAAAGCACCGAACAGAGAUCUCUGAAGUUGAAGAAAGGAAGAAUAAACAGCUCUCCGAACUAAUUCAUCAUCACGAAAGAGCGUUUUCUGAUCUAAAGAAUUAUUACAAUGAUAUCACCUUGAAUAAUUUGGGUCUUAUUAGUAGUCUAAAACAGCAAAUGGAAGAGAUGCAAAAAGUAAAAGAACGAGCUGAAAAGAUAUCAAGGGAUGCUAUUGCUGAGGCUAAGGGUCUUAGAGAGCCGUUAGAAGCAGCCAUCAUUGACAACAAGGAAUUGAAAAGGCAAAUGUCUAACUAUGAUAGAGAUAAAGCUGCUUUGGCUGCAAAAACAAAACAAUUGGCAUCACUAGAAAAACAAUUCGAUGUCCUAAAAUGGGAAUAUGAAGUACUUCAAGUACGCUUCGAUAGAGUCCAGGCAGAGAGGGACGAGCUCAAGUCGAGGUUCUCAAGAGCUGUUUUAGAAGUACAGCAGAAAGCUUCCUUGAAGACUGCCUUGUUGGAAGCGAAACUAAAGAACAUGGAAGGACGUGAUACGGGGCCGGGUGAAAUUCAUAACCUUCUAAAACUAAAAGAUACACAAAUAGAUGACCUCCGAUAUGAAGCUGCUCGGCUUCGUAAAGCUCAUGACGAUUUGUUGGCAACUUAUGAAGCUAAGCUGGCUCGACUUGGAGUACCGAAAGAGGAACUUGGUUUCAAACCACUCAAAGCAGUUGCUGUGGCAGGUUUGAAUCCAAUUAUGGGGCAAGGACCGGCUGGGUUAGUUACUAAAGACCCUUAAUAACAAUUUGUAUAACCAAUCUUGUUCAAGUGAACAGAUAACUACAACUU